UUCCUCUCAUGUAAGUCAAUAACAUCUUGGGAUUGGGACACACUGUUUUCCGGACACUGCUGGUCAGUUCCAAAAUGGUACAUAUGGAGGUGGUCCUUCUACUUCUUUUAUUUCUGAAAUCAGGUCUUGGAGACCCCCUGGAUGACUAUGUAAAUACCCAGGGAGCUUCCCUGUUUAGUUUGACGAGGAAGCAGCUGGUGACAGGAAGCAUAGACGAAUGUGCAACAAACUGUGAGGAGGAAAAAGAUUUCAUUUGCAGGGCAUUCCAGUAUCACAGUAAAGAACAACAAUGUGUGAUAAUGGCUGAAAACAGCAAGUUUUCCCCAGUCCUUAGGAUGAGGGAUGUCGUUUUAUUUGAGAAGAGAAUGUACCUUUCAGAGUGCAAGACUGGAACUGGGAAGAAUUACAGGGGGACCGUGGCCAAAACAAAGAGUGGUGUUGCCUGUCAAAAAUGGAGCGACAAUUCUCCACACGUACCCAACUUUUCACCUGAAAAGUAUCCUUUAGCGGGAUUGGAUGAGAACUACUGCAGGAACCCAGACAAUGAUAAGAAGGGACCUUGGUGUUACACCACAGAUCCAGGCACGAGAUUUGACUACUGCGACAUUCCUCAAUGUGAAGAUGAAUGUAUGCAUUGCAGUGGAGAACAUUACGAGGGCAAAAUUUCCAAGACCGUGUCUGGACUUGAUUGCCAGGCGUGGGACUCUCAGAGCCCCCAUGCUCAUGGAUACAUUCCUGCCAAAUUUCCAAACAAGAAUCUGAAGAUGAAUUACUGUCGUAACCCUGAUGGGGAGCCCCGCCCAUGGUGUUUCACCACCGAUCCCAGCAAACGCUGGGAAUUCUGUGACAUCCCGAGAUGUACAACACCGCCACCAUCUUCUGGGCCAACAUAUCAGUGUCUGAAGGGAAGAGGCGAAAACUAUAGAGGAACAGUGGCUGUCACCGUAUCUGGGCACACCUGUCAACGCUGGGGUGAGCAGACACCCCACAAGCACAACAGGACCCCAGAAAACUUUCCCUGCAGAAAUUUGGAAGAAAACUAUUGUCGUAACCCUGAUGGAGAAACAGGUCCAUGGUGCUAUACAACCAACAGUGAAGUGAGGUGGGAAUACUGCACGAUACCAUCCUGUGAGCCCUCUCCAUUAUCCACGGAACGUUUGGAUGCCCCAGCACCACCUGAACAAACUCCUGUAGCCCAGGACUGCUACCAGGAUAAUGGGCAGAGUUAUCGAGGGACAUCAUCCACUACUAUCACAGGAAGGAAAUGUCAAUCUUGGUCAUCAAUGUUUCCACACCGGCACCAGAAGACCCCAGGAAACUACCCAAAUGCUGGCUUGACAAUGAACUACUGCAGAAAUCCAGAUGCUGAUAAAAGCCCUUGGUGUUAUACCACUGAUCCGAGCGUCAGAUGGGAGUUCUGUAACCUGAAGAAAUGCUCAGGAGCACAAGAGCAGGUCACAGAAUCUCCAACUGCUGCCCAGGCUCCAAGUAUACAGGAUCCUUCUGAAGCAGACUGCAUGUUCGGCACUGGUAAAGGAUACCGGGGCAAGAAGGCGACCACGGUGGCCGGUGUCCCCUGCCAGGAGUGGGCUGCCCAGGAGCCCCACAAACACAACAUUUUCACUCCAGAGACAAACCCAUGGGCAGGUUUGGAAAAAAAUUACUGCCGCAAUCCUGAUGGUGAUGUCAAUGGUCCCUGGUGCUACACGACAAAUCCAAGAAAACUUUUUGACUACUGUGAUGUCCCUCAUUGUGCUUCCUCUUCAUUUGAUUGUGGAAAGCCCCAGAUAGAGCCGAAGAAGUGUCCUGGAAGGGUUGUAGGUGGGUGCGUGUCCACCCCACACUCCUGGCCCUGGCAAGUCAGCCUUCGAAAAAGAUUUCCUUCUAGAAGCCACUUCUGUGGAGGCACCUUAAUAUCCCCAGAGUGGGUGUUGACUGCUGCCCACUGCCUGGACAGCUACUCAGGGCCAGCAUCAUACAAGGUCGUCCUGGGCGCACACCGAGAGACCGCCGUUGAAGACAGUGUCCAGGAAAUACAAGUGGCCAAGCUGUUCCCGGAGCCCACUCGGGCCGACAUGGCCUUGCUCAAGCUGAGCAGCCCUGCCAUCAUCACCGAAAAGGUAAUCCCAGCUUGUCUGCCAUCCCCGAAUUAUGUGGUCGCGGACCGGACAGUAUGUUACAUCACUGGCUGGGGAGAAACCCAAGGCACUUACGGUGCUGGCUUGCUCAAGGAAGCCCGGCUGCCUGUGAUUGAAAACAAGGUGUGCAAUCGCUAUGAGUAUCUGAAUGGGAGAGUCAAACCCACCGAGCUGUGUGCGGGGCAUCUGACUGGAGGUGCUGACAGCUGCCAGGGUGACAGUGGAGGGCCUCUGGUUUGCUUUGAGAAGGACAAAUACAUUUUACAAGGAGUCACUUCAUGGGGUCUUGGCUGUGCACGCCCCAAUAAGCCUGGUGUGUACGUUCGUGUUUCUAAGUUUGUUACUUGGAUUGAAGAAACAAUGAGAAAGAAUUAAUUAGAUGGGAGACAGAGUGAAGCAUCAGCGGAUCUGAAGCUGGAACCUGGGUAGGGAAUUCAGCGUGCUCAAAACUAAUUGACGGUAAUCAAACUAAGUUUGACACUGUACUUAGCUACUAGCUACUGCCAACCGCAACAUUUGUUUGUAUUGCUGUGGAUAACUUGUUCCUGUCCAUGGACUGCUGGAUUCUGUAAUAAUGAGGCAAUACAGCUAUGACAUUUGUUGAAAAUAAACUCUGUACUUCCUUUGACUUAAUUUUUUGAUUUUCACUGUUUUCAUGCUCUUCAUUCAUCCUACCAAUUGUAAAUGGUGUAACUCUUACAGACCUGAGUGAUUUUGUUCCCUCUCAUAAGGAAGAGAGGAACGAGAAGCCUGUAAGAUGAACAUAGAAGCCCUAGUAAGUCACCUAUAUAUUUACCUUGUCACACAUCUUUAAUGUCUUUAUUUUUGGCACUGAGAUGAAUGUUUUCAAAGCUGCAGCAUAUAUGGGGAAUCAUGAGAGCAAAUUCUGUUCUUGGGAAUGAAAUCUGUUACUGACAACUUGACUCUAGCCCAGCACAGGAGACCCUGGGCAGACAGCUGUAUUCUGAGAAGUAAACCGGGCAAUGGAAGUGUCGUAACACAAGACCAGCUAAGAGUCUGAAUGGUAUUCUGGGUCACAUAUGAGUCUAGGAAUGGUGCCAAGAGCCUGGAAAGGAGCAAUGAACAUAUACUGAAGGUGGACUAUUUAAUUUCCAUCAGUAAUUGGCUGCCUGGAUAUGUAGUAUACUUUGUCACACGGGAAGAGUGUUUUACAGUGACUCACGUUCAGAAAGAAGAGAAAGGAUGCCAAUUGAUUUUUCUUGACAAUUUACAUUUUUUUAUUGUUAUCAGAACCCAAAUGUCAACUCAAAAUACAAUUCCAAGGUGAUAGUAUCAAGAAGCAACAGUCAUCUCACAGCAAAGAGAAAAAUGCAAAAGAAACAAAAAUGCAAGGGUGUAUGAAUAAAGGGUAAGUGCAGCAUUACACCCUUAAAGAACUGUGUUUAUUUCAUUGAAAAAUAAAGUAUUCAUAUUCAAUUCUGA